GCGCCAUGCCAGUCACGCGUUCGAUCGCGUUGUGGCUUUGGCCAUCGACUCUCGCUAACGUUGUCUCUCCCUUCAUUGCCUCCGAUCUCUGUGCUGCUUUGUAUUUCGCUCCCUGUAUUGCUGUUGAAACCCAACAUUGUACUACUAACAUCACCUGCAUUCUCCCAAAAUGUAUAUCAAGACCCUUACCAUCCAAGGGUUCAAGUCAUACCGUGAUCAAACUCAAAUAGAACCCUUCUCUCCAAAACACAACGUUGUCGUAGGAAGAAAUGGUUCUGGGAAGAGUAACUUCUUCGCAGCUAUCCGAUUUGUUCUUUCCGAUGCAUACACCUCCAUGUCUAGGGAGGAGAGGCAGUCACUCUUACACGAGGGUGUCUCAACUUCCACUACUCUGUCUGCAUACGUCGAGAUUGUAUUCGACAACAGCGACAACCGCUUUCCUACAGGGAAAGAUGAAGUCAUCUUACGGCGAACAAUCGGUCUCAAGAAGGAUGAAUACAGUCUGGACAAGAAGAGUGCGAGUAAGGCCGAUGUCAUGAACCUACUCGAGAGCGCUGGUUUCAGCAAGAGUAACCCUUACUACAUCGUCCCGCAAGGCAGGAUUACAGCUUUGACGAACGCGAAAGAUCACGAACGUCUCGCCCUCCUCAAAGAAGUUGCCGGUACCAAGGUCUACGAACAAAGACGCACAGAAUCACUUCGCAUCAUGGCUGAGACAGAUGCCAAGCGCGACAAGAUUAACGAACUACUCGAUUAUAUCGACACCCGACUAACAGAGCUCGAGGAAGAGAAGGAGGAACUCAAAGAGUUCCAAGAGAAAGACAAGGAACGUCGUUGUCUGGAAUACGCAGUGUAUCAGCGUGAACUGGAGGAAGUUGCAGAGGCGUUGGAGGAGAUCGAAGCGGAACGAAGGGGAGAGGUUCAUAAUGCGAACGUUCGGCGGGAACAAUUCAACGACCGAGAAAAACAAGCCCAGCGUUUGGAACAACUCAUCGGUGAAUCUCGCACGAACCAAACAACCCUCACGCUUACACGGCAGGGUGCGCAAGCCGAACUCACCGACCUUGUUCGCGCUCGUACGGAACUCGAAUGUACUGUCGCUGACCUUCGUCUUGCCUCCGAACGCGCAGGGGGGAAGCGCAACGAACUUGAGAGUGAGCUUGCUGCUUUCCAAGCGCAGAUUACCGAGAAGGAAAGUGCAUUGGCGAGACUUAGGCCUGAAUGGGAGGCGCAUCGUGCACGAGAGAAUGAGGAGAAGCGAAGGAUGGAAGAAGCGAGAGCCCGAUUAGACGCGUUAUACUCGAAGCAAGGUCGUCUGAAUCGGUUCAGGACCAAAGCAGAACGCGAUCGCUACUUGAAUGGUGAAAUUGCGGGUCUAGAAGCCUACAAGACCGCUCAAGCGCAAGCUUUCGAGACCACGCGGAACGAACUCGAGAAUGCUAAAGGCGCGUUAACUGAUCUCGAGGAGAGGGUGGAAGCUGUACAAGGAAGAGCGGAAGAUGGUAGGAGUCGUGUAAAGGAGCUCGCUGAAAAUAUUGCCCGGUUGAAGGACGAACAUGCUGAGAUGAGUGAGAGGCGGAAGGAACUUUGGAGGGAGGAGACGAAGUUGAAGAGUUUGGUUGACAACGAGGCUGAUGAACUUCGUCAAGCUGAGAGGACCCUUGCGAGUAUGAUGGACAAGGAUACUGGCUCUGGUCUCAAAGCGGUGGAUGACAUCGCUGCAACACACCGACUAGAUGGCGUGUAUGGUCCAUUGUAUCGUCUGUUCGAAGUUACCGACGACAAGUUCAAUACUGCCGUCGAGCUCACAGCUGGAACGAGUUUGUUCCAUGUUGUGGUCGACACGGAUGCCACCGCGUCGAAGGUCCUAGAUAUCAUGAUCAAGGAGAAGCGGGGUAGGGUCACUUUCAUGCCCCUAAACCGUCUUCACCCCAAAGUACCACCAGCACCCAAUGCUCAAGAUGCUAUCCCGCUCAUGGAUAAAUUGCGAUACGAGCCAACCCACGCGAAGGCCAUACAACAGGUCUUCGGUAAGACCUGUGUUUGCAGGGAUCUCACUAUUGCUGCUGCAUAUGUCAAAAGUCAUGGUAUCAACACUAUCACACUUGAUGGAGACAAGGUAGACCGCAAGGGUGCAUUAACAGGCGGAUACCACGAUAUCCGCAGAUCACGAAUCGAGGCAAUCAACAACCUGACGAAUUGGAAGACGAAGCACACAGCGGAUAAGCAGCGCCUUGAAGAAGUCACUGCGACGAUCCAGCAGCUCGAGCAGGAGAUCACCCGCACGAUGGGUAGAAUUCAAGUGGAGAGCAACAAGCAGAACCAAGCGAAGAACACUAGGGAGACUUCUGCCGAAGAAAGUCAGGCUUUGAAUAAGGAGCGGGAACGACUGGUCAUCCGCAUUGAAAAGCUUGAGGGCGAUGUCUAUGACCUCGAGAACGAGCUGAAUGGUCUCAAUUCUAAGCUGGAAGGAUACCGUGCCGAGUUAGCUACUCCUUUGGCGACCGGUCUAAGUGCAGCCGAGGAGGAGCAGAUUGAAGAACUUGGGAAGGAGAUCGAGCAACGGCGAAAGCAGUUGGUUGAGCUGGGCAAGAAAAAGAACGAGUUUGGCAGUCGUAAGAACCUGUUAGAAAUCGAGCUUAACGAAAACCUCCGUCGUCGUCGCGAGGAGCUUAGAGGCAAGAUCGAGGCUCUUGGUGAAUCAGAAGCUGGGGAUGCCUCGUCUGCGGAGGAACUGGAAGCUCGUGUGCGCGAAUUGAAAAACCUCAACAAUACUAUUGAAGCCUUGACGAAGAAGCUUCAUGAAACGGACAAAGAGAUAGAGAAGGUCACUGCUGAACUUCAAGAGCAUAGGAGUAGCUUGGAGAAAAUGCAAAAUCAGCAAGCCGAAGACAGCAGGGGUGUCUCUAAGCAGCAGAAGAACACGGAGCGCUAUUUGGCCAAGCGACAAAUGCUCCUAACACGCAAGGACGAGUGUAAUCGGAACAUUCGUGACCUUGGUGUUCUUCCAGAAGAAGCUUUCGAGAAGUAUACUAAUGAGAAGCUUGACAGACUAGUGAGGAAGUUGCAUACUGUCAAUGAAGGACUCAAGAAAUUUGCCCAUGUCAACAAGAAGGCCUUCGAGCAAUACAACAACUUUACCAAACAACGUGAUCAAUUGUUGCAGCGUCGGGAAGACCUGGACAAAUCCGCGGAGUCCAUCGAGCAACUUGUCGAGGUCCUCGACCAGCGUAAAGACGAGGCAAUUGAACGGACGUUUAAGCAAGUAGCGAGCAACUUCGAAGAAGUCUUUGAGAAGCUCGUUCCAGCAGGGCGGGGACGUCUCAUCAUUCAGCGACGAAUUGACCAAGACGAGGAGGAGGCAGAAGAGGCAGAGGAUACCCAACAGAGCACCAUAGAAAAUUACACUGGUGUCUCAAUCAAGGUGUCGUUCAACUCGAAAGUCAACGAGGGUCUCCGGAUACAGCAGCUGUCGGGAGGACAGAAAUCGUUGGUCGCCCUUGCCACAGUAUUCGCAAUUCAAAAAUGCGAUCCAGCACCAUUCUACUUAUUUGAUGAGAUUGACGCUAACUUGGAUGCUCAAUAUCGUACUGCUGUUGCGUCGAUGAUCCACGAGCUGUCGACAACGGCCCAGUUCAUCACUACCACUUUCCGGCCCGAAAUGCUCGUUCAUGCCCAUAGGUUUUACGGCGUAUUGUUUAACAACCAAAAAGUCAGUUCGAUUCGCAGCAUUACCCGCGAAGAAGCCAUGGAGUUUGUGGAACAGGAGGCCCAAGCUCAGUGACGUUGUUUUCCAUUAGUGUAGUGUUAUCUUGCAGCUCUCUCUUAUGCGCCUGGGAUAGAUAUACCCUGUAAUGUAGCUUGUUCCGAGUAAUCGUACGAUACAGUCAAUCAUUGCACAUUGUCACUGAUUUGGCAGGCUCCCAUACAUUUUAAUAGAUAUGGAAACCUACGCCCAUUCAGUGGGCCGGUGGAUAACAUC